AUGUCCGUUACCUUUUUGAAGGAACGGUACAAGAAGAUUUUUUGUUCUGUCGGCCCCCUUGCUACCCAAACAACAGGACAGGAAAUCUUCAAUUUAAUUGGUGUUUUUAUGAGGACCAAUGGGAUCGACUGGGAGCGCUGUGUGGGAAUUUGCACAGACGGGUCAAAAUCAAUGACGGGGAAACACACGGGGCUUAUAGCUCAUAUUAGGAGAGUCUGCCCAUCCAUCAGUUGGUUACACUGCAGUAUUCACAGAGAGGCCCUCGCAGCCAAAAACAUGCCAGCUGAUCUACUUGCAGUGCUGAACGACGCAGUCAAACUGGUGAACUUCAUUAAAGCUCGUCCGCUAAAUUCACGAAUAUUCACACUGUUAUGUAAUGAGAUGGGCAGCGAACACAAAUCACUGCUGCUGCACACAGAGGUGCGUUGGCUGUCCCGCGGCAAAGUGCUGACAAGGCUCUUUGAACUCCGGCACGAAUUGCAGCAGUUUUUUAAGGAGAAUGCGUUUCAUUUGGCCUCCAGUAUGCAUGACGAAGAUUGUCUGAAAAGGCUCGCCUAUCUAGCGGACAUCUUCUCAGCUCUGAAUGAACUCAAUCUAAGUCUGCAGGGAGUCAGUGUAACUAUGUUCAAUACACAAGACAGGAUUGAGGCCAUGAUGAAGAAGCUACGGUUCUGGGCGAGUUGUGUGAGUGGGAACACACACCUGUGUUUCCCUACGCGUCACGAGUUCUUGGGGGAAAAUGACGUGGACCUGGGUGAGCAUGUAAAAAUUCUCAUAAUUGAACACCUCAACCAAGUCGCCGAGCAUCUACGGGAACACUUCCCACCUAUGGACACAUCUUGCGCUUGGAUUCACAAUCCAUUUGAGGUUUCCCUGCCCGUCCAACAGCUGUCAUUUCACGAGCAGGAGCAGCUGAUCGAGCUGUCAUCUGAUGGAGCACUGCAGUUACAGUUCAAACGAAAGCCACUUGUGGAUUUUUGGACCGAGUCACUGACAUCAUUCACAGUCUUGGCAAAGCAAGCCUUGAGAGUUUUGAUGCCCUUUGCCACAACUUAUCUCUGUGAGGCUGGUUUCUCUGCUAUGGCAGCAGUUAAAACUAAACAUCGGCAAAGACUGGAUGCUGUUGAGAAGGAAUUGAGGUUUAAACUGUCUUCCAUUGCACCAAACUUCAGAGAGCUUUAUGCCAAGAUGCAAGCCCACCCAUCGCAUUAA